GGGCGCCCAAGUGGGGGAUACCUACAAAGUCAACGAAGGCUGCCUCGCAACACUAUGCGACAUUUUGGCGAAGCUUACGAUAGAGGACCGGACACUUCGGACGUUCCGCAGAGCCAUGGGAUUCGCGCAAGUUGUUAAGAAGGUGUAGUGUUGACUUCUUGCGCUAUCCAAAGGGAAUGCACAGAUAAGUAUGGCGACCCUUCAGGUAUUGUGUGGAGCACCUUGAUUCGGAAAGAACUCGAAGGCUAAGUUUUCCACUAUAGUUGGUCUCUUGGAAGUUAAAAGUUCAUUUCGCUUAUGUGAAAUGAAAUAGCUGCAGUUAUGAAAGGCUUGGUUUAGCUUGUGUUUUACUUGAAGAGGUAUCUAAUUUAGGAUAAAAGAAUAGGCAUUUGUCUUUAAAUACAUGUGUUAAGUAUUUGUAAUUGUCUGAUCAUCAUUACUAAUGCUUUAAACUCUUAAAUCCCAAAACAAGCCUCUUGCCUGCAUGGUGCAGAAAAUCAGAAACUAUUAAGUUUGAUGAUGCAUUGAUAUUGAUGUAUUUAAGUGCUUUGUGCAGUUUACUCGAAAAUAGUAUUUUCCUUGUGUAUCAAAGGGUGCAGUUGUUUUUCCAACUCCACUUAGUUCCGGCAAAAUAACUAAUUAAAAUGUAGAGUAAAAGGGUUCUUGGUUUCGGUAAAGAAAUGCUGUUUCUUUGUGCUUUGUCUGCUUUCUGGGGAUCAGCAUGAAUAUGUUUUGAUAUAACACCUAAAAUUUUAAACAUAUUCACAGUUAUUAUAAUUUUUGCUAUCAAAAGCUGCAAAAAAGUUCAGCCUUGCAAAAUGUGUCUGCACAUUUUGCAUUAAUGUGGAUUCUUACGUUUGCCUGACUGGUUCUAUGCAUGGCUUUGGAUGGAUGGAUGUAUGAGAUGUUAUUUUGUCUGUUUAAUUGUGAAGUCCCUGAAGCAUUCCAUUGCAUUAAAUAAUAUAAUGAAUGUGGUGCUUUGUCUACCAAAGUCAUAAAAUUGCACUUCACAAAUUAAAAUGCACUUUAAAAAUACAGCACUUGUUUAUUUCUUCUUUCAUUUUUUGCCUUAGGAACAUUAUUUGUUUUGUUGCAUUUAUUAUCAUUGCCUGUUACUGCUUUUCUGCUCAAAAGUCGCCGAGGAUUUUUUUAUUUUGCUUCUAUUGUUGUUAAUUUAGUCUGCUGCUUGAAAUAUAAAUCCUAAAAUAUCCAAGUACCAUCUUUUUUCAAGUAACUUUCAAUGACAUUUCCUUUUUGUUGCCAAAAAUAAUUUUCCCCUUUUAAAACGGCUCACAUCAGCAUGACUGGCGCAUGACUGACGCCUUUCCUUGAUUGUUAACCCCAUUUGUUUUCCCACUAUUAACCUUACUGUGCAUUUGGAUUAAACAGAAAUGUCAGUCUGAAAUGCUGGGGCGUGCUGUUUGGUGUGGGUCCUCUGUCUUGUUUUGUAUGUCUUUAUUCAUCACAAUGUUCAUUUCUUUUCCAGGAUUUGUUGCCGCUGCUUGUUGGUGUCCGAGAUGAUUCCAAGAUAGUUGAUGCCACAAUAAAAAUCCUGCUCAACGUGACAGUGCCAGUGGAAUGUUUGCUGCCCAUGGAAGUUAUGCUAAAGACUGAUGUAGGACGCUACACCGUGAUGGAACUAAAUAUGCUGCUUUCCUCCAGUAAAGAAGCAUUUGUGUCUCCUCAAAGCACUCGCCCUGUUGUCGAUCACAUCAAAACCAUUUUAGAAAAAGAGUCAAAGUUAACACCAGAUGAUUGUGAGAGUAUAAGCAACUGCCUUCUUUUGCUACGGAAUAUACUUCACAUCCCGGAGCAUCGUCCAGCUGGUAAUGGAGCAACGAUGCAAAAUCAAAUUUUGUGGAAUCUGUUUGCCCAAAAUGUUGAUAAAGUACUUAUUCAACUCAUGACUAGCAAGUACCAAGCCUAUUUUGGAGUGACCAUGGUGCAAUUAAUUGCCUUAAUGUACAAAGAUCAACAGGUUGGGACUUUACAGAAGCUUCUCAAUUUAUGGUUUGAAUCUUCUCUGAGUGACAGCAGCGAAGGGAAUGAAAGUAAUACCUCACCGCAGCAUCAGGCUUCUGGAGACUCAUCAUCUUUGAUGACAUCAGACCCAACUUCUGACUCCUCCGACAAUGGUGGUAGUAACAAAAAGAGAAAUCCAUACCAAAGUGGGGAUAGUAAAUGUGUGAAUAAUGAAUCAGAUGAUAGUCAAAGUAGUGAACCGGGUUUGUCAACUUCUUCAUCACCAGCAGCUCAUCCCUGUGCAAGCCAGGGAACACCGAUGGACAGUGACCAUCAAAAUCAACAUCAGGUGAGACUUACACAUCCUCCUAUGGGAAAAGUCAGAGUCAAAAGCUUAUCAGAACUUCAGACCCGCCCUCGCCGCAUGGAAAAACAUAGUGAUGCUGAAAGCAGUCUUGCAGAUGAUUCUGCAGGUCAUUCAGGUUCCUGGUCCCGUCACUCUUUGCUAAAGGCAAACCAGAGUUCAGGAUUUUCUUCUCAGAGUCAAUCCCAUGAUUCGUUUCCUCAUGGGAAGCACCACAGUCAUUCUCAAGAUGCUUUUGGGAAAAUGUAUGAGCCUAUUGGAAAGUCCCAAGAAUGCAAAUUGCUCAAAGACUCCCAUUCAAAACUACAUCAGCCGCACAGCUCUGGCCUUAAUAAUGGGGGCAACCCAACCAAAGCACCUGGCAAGAAGGGUGAAUCCGGUAGUGAAGUUUCUGACUGUGGGUAUGGAACUCAACAAGAAAACCAAGAAUCAAACUCCACUUCAAGCAACGAAGAAGAUGCUCCUCAACGUGUGAAACAUCAAAAACCUCAACAUAUGCUUCAGAAAAGCCGAUAUAUUAAUGGGAAGCCGAACAUUACUCCUCAAGAGAGAAAAGAGUUGCAUCGGAAAAAAUUAGUGAAAAGGAGUCAUACAAACACAAUGCAUAUGAAGGCACUUUUACAUCAUGUUCCAAGUGACGAAGAUGUUUCUAAUCUUCUGAAGGAGUUUACUGUUGAUUUUCUGCUUAGAGGCUAUGCUUGUCUUGUUAAAGUGCUUCACAAUUGCCUAUUGGACGGGGCCCCGGUACAAAUGGACACUAGUCAUUUCUUUUGGCUUGUGACUUACUUUCUGAAAUUUGCUACCCAGCUAGAGCUUGACUUGGAACAUAUCAGCAGCUCUGUCCUCACAAUUGACAUUGUGUCAUAUUUGACCUACGAAGGAGUGAAUUUGUAUGAAGAAUUACAAAUGAGUAUUCAAAGUUCAGGGAGGGACCUAAAGCCCUGUCUCAGAAGAAUGCAUUUGGUUGUGACUUCCAUAAGAGAGUUCAUUCAAGCUGUAGAAGCCUACAAAAAAAUUACUCAUCUAACUGAAGAGGACCGGAACCAUCUCCUUAAGUUGCAAUUACAAAUAGCUGAAGUUCACGAUCUAAGAGGCUUGUUUGUUCUUCUACUGCGCCAUUACAAUCCAACUCUACAAAGCCAUCAGUUUCUUCAAGACCUUGUUGUAACAAACCACAACCUUCUGAUGUUUGUGGAGAACACUGUAAAAUUACCAGAGUUUCAAGCCAAAGUCAAUCUAGAACAGCACAUCAAACAGUUUGGGACAAUUGAAGUGAUGCGGAACUAUGGACUUCUUCUAGAAGAUUUCCUAAACAAUGGAGAGUUUGUUAAUGACUGCAUUCUGACAAUGAUGCAUCAUGUUGCUGGUGACUUAUCACAAGUGGCUGUCCUGUUUCAACCCUCUAUACUCUGUUCCCUUUCUGGAAUUUGGGAAAGUGACUACGAACUGUGUGAUGAUUGGUCUGACCUUAUUGAGUAUGUUUUGCACAAAUUUGUGAGAAAUCCAUCUUGCAGCAAAGCAAAUUCGUCUAUGCAGGUCGAAGGUCGUCAUGUUAGUCCUAUUUCUGAAGCAAAUAAGACAGAGUGGACUAAAGAGGAUUCAAAUAAUCUCUAUUGGUACUAUCAACAGUGUAGUAGCUGUGAAGACCCUAUUGAAGCAAUUAUUAACAUGUAUGAAAAUAGUGGUGUACAUGACAAAACAAGAAUAUCGGUCAUUCAACAACUCCUUCAACAAGAUGUUAUAAAUGAGCGCCAAUAUGAUUCUUAUAUGGAGCGAGAGACCAUGCAUACCAUGAGUGAAAAGCGGCGUUCCUCUAUCUAUUCGGCACAGAAAUCUGCGAGGCUGGAGAAUGCAGCCAGAGGAGGCAGUGAUGAGCGACAAAAUCAAAAUCAAUUAACUGAAGAUAUGGAGGAAGAUAGUGUGGUGGCUGCCAAUGACAUCAAAGCUUUAAAAGAUCAAUUGGAGAGCGAAGGUCAUGGACAAAUGAUUACAUGGCUUCAAGAGCUCUUGUUGGAAGUUUGCUUUGUGAAAUUAUCUUUAGAGACAAAUUUGCCAGCUGUGAAAGAGCCAAUUUCUCACAUCUACACCAGGUUACAUCAAAGCACCCCACUAGUGCCCUGGUACACUGAACAAGAGCAAUGCCUCCACUACCCAACAUUCAUUCUCCUCUUGCAUAAACUUGGCUUCCAUCUAGCAGGUGAUGCAGGCAAGCUCUUCCCACGAGUUCCUCACUUUUGGGCUACAGAUGUCCUGUAUCAAACUGCUGAGAAAUUGGGGUCCAUUGAUGAAGGCAACUUGAAGUUUGAUGCUAGUUUAUGUAAGAGUGGAGUAGGCCAUCAAGUCGAUAUACUGGCCCCAUUGAACAGACUCAGCAUGGAUUUCACAAAUUCAAACACAGCAGGGAGCGGUUUUGCAGAGAACAGUUUCUUUACACCAUCUGCUGCCUCCAAGACUUCUCUCUCUUUAAGCCGGUUUACACCGGAACCAGUGAUGUAUAAUAUGCCCAACUGGCUGCAGGUAGUCCAACAGUGUAGAACUUCAAGGCAGGCAUCACUGCUGGAAACAUCCAAAUGCCCUGCUGGAAUGAAAGACAAAACAUCAACAUUUCCUGUUGGCCUUCCGGGUAGCCCUUCACUAACUUCAAACAAAAACAACCAAGACUCUUCUUCUGUGGAGCGUGAAUCAUCAAAUGAUCAACUUAAGUCAGAUGUUCUCGGGAUAUUGAAAUCAUGUGAACUUGAAACAAAUCAAGAUAUCUCGGAUAUGGAUACAAGCACAUAAUACUUCAAAAUAACACCUCUAUGUACAAUGUUCAUACAUCCAUGCAAAAGUUCCUUGUGUCCAUCCUGUCCUUCAAUAUCAGGCUGUACAAAAUAUUAGGGAUUUUCUGUGAUAAGUUAUUGCCUAAACAAUUUUUAAAAAUAAAAUAAUUAGGGAGCUGUAAGUAGGAUAGUAUAUUAAAUGUUUUGUAAAUGUUUGAGAUUAGUUCACUAGGUAAUGAAGCAGAAUGUUAGACUUGCUUGUCUCUAUUACUUAAACCCCUCACUCCCUUUUCCACCGCCACUCCCUUUUUACUGAUGAUAUCAUAUUUUUCUGUCCUAUCCUGUUCAAUUAUUUGCUUUUAUAAUGGGUGCAUAAAUCAGUGUGCUCCUGGAAAAAUGUAUUUGUAUUUAGUCAUUUUGUUUGUUUUCCUUGUCUUUGAGUUUUUUGCAUUUUUGACAUUUAUUUUAAGCCGGUAUAAGUUAUGUACAUUAGAUGCUCAAUCUAUUUUUACAAUUGUUUAUUUGAAUCAUGUGCUGAGUAUUGGAAUGAAGUACAAACAUUUAAGACGUUCCCUGCUGUGAACUUCUGCAAUUGUGGACGAAAAGAAGUUGGUAUUGUUAUUAAAUAGUUAAUAGUGAACUGACAAUUGUUGUUACCCCUCAGUCUCUUUGUUGACCAAGUGACCAAUUUUAUUUCAUAUAAACUUCUGAUGAGAAUUGCUUGUUUUUAGAAGUCUUCUCUCAUUAGUGUUUAAUGGAGUACAGUAACGCGACUAAUCUAAGUUAUUGUUAAAAGAACGGCAUAUUUAACUUUGUUACUCGCAAACUGUCUUACAAGGGAUAGACCAUUUGAUGCUAUCUGUGUUUCGUUUUCUGCAAUAUGUUCUGUACACA